AUUUCUCUGGUGCAGUUUAGUUGGCGUCCCAUAGCUUAGUGGUUAGAACCCUCGCCUCGCAAGUGACAAGAUUUGAAUUAAAUUCCUGAACAGGGUGAAACUUUAGGUAAAUUUCCUUGAUAAAUUUGCUUAUUCCUGUUUACUGUUCAAGCAGCAAGUAGGAACCUGGUCAUUAGUCGAUCGGCAGAUCACUCUCCGGAGCAAUAAUACCUCCACAACAAACCAAACAUUUUUUUUUCUUGAACCUUUACAUUCUUGGGAAUGUUGGGUGGCUCUUGCAGAUUCACCGAGCACAACUCUCCUUCGCAAACUUUCUGUGAGUUUCGCAAAGUUUGAUUCCUUUGAACAUUUGAAGAACAUUUUGCUACAACUCUCGUUGGCAUUUUUUGGGAGCUUGUAAAAAAAAAAAGCACAACUUUCCCUAACUUUUAACGUCGAUCUGUGGGAAUUUACGUAACAAGCUGAAACUUCCGUCUGGAAUUACGGAUCGAAGAAGAGCAAUGGAUGCCAGGAGUCAAUCGUUCUCCUUCUUUGACUAUGUGGUUUUCUCUGUGAUGCUCCUUAUCUCCACUGGAAUUGGGAUCUUCCACGCAUUCCUGAACCGGAACAAGAAAAAGGACACGGAGGAGUUUUUUACGGGGGGAAGACGGAUGUCCGCGCUGCCGGUGGGCAUGUCUCUCUGUGCCAGCUUCAUGUCGGCCGUGCAGGUCCUCGGGGUUCCCGUAGAGGCCUUUAGAUAUGGGGCUAAGUUUAUGCAGAUGUGCAUCGGACAAACCCUGAACGCUGUACUGACCGCCUAUUUUUUCCUGCCAAUCUUCUAUCGAUUGGGAUUGACCAGCACCUACCAGUACCUGGAAUUGAGGUUCAGUAAAAGCGUUCGACUUUGCGGGAGCGUGCAAUACAUAAUCGCUACGAUGCUCUUCACUGGAAUUGUCAUCUAUGCACCUGCAUUGAUAUUAAACCAAGUUACUGACUUGAAUAUCUGGGUAUCACUGGUCUCCACUGGAUUAAUCUGCACAUUUUACACUACAGUGGGUGGAAUGGUAGCUGUCGUCUGGACUGAUGUCUUCCAAGUCAUUGUCAUGUUAGGAGGAUUCGUCGCAAUUAUAAUUCGAGGCACCUAUUUGGUGGGCGGUGUAGACAAGAUCCUGGAGGCAGCUUACAAUGGGUCCAGGAUUAACUUUGGAGAUUUCGAUCCAGAUCCUCGAAGACGCUACACAUUUUGGACAUUUGUUGUUGGUGGGACAAUGCUGUGGCUUUCCAUGUACGGUGUCAAUCAAGCUCAGGUGCAGCGCUAUGUAGCCUGCAGAACAGAACAACAAGCCCGAGUCGCCAUCUUUGUGAACCAACUUGGACUAUGGAUGAUCGUUACGAGUGCAGUGAUCUGUGGCAUAAUCAUGUUUGCCCUGUACGAGGAUUGUGACCCCGUGAUUGCAGGUUACGUCUCUGCAAGCGAUCAGAUGAUUCCAUACAUGGUGCUGGACAUUUUUGCAACAUUCCCAGGAGCCCCAGGACUGUUCCUAGCCGCAGCCUACAGCGGGACACUGAGCACGGCUUCCACCAGCAUCAAUGCUAUGGCCGUAGUCACUUUGGAGGACGCAAUCAAACCCAGGAUGAGGCAGUUAUCUCAAAAGAAGUUGAUUAUGAUAUCUAAAGGGCUGUCCUUGCUGUACGGUGUGGCUUGCGUUAUGUUUGCUGCUUUGUCCAGCCUGCUUGGUGGAGGGGUUUUGCAGGGUUCCUUCACUGUGAUGGGAGUCAUCAGUAACCCACUGUUGGGAGCAUUUAUCCUCGGGAUAUUCAUUCCUCCCUCAAACGCUGUGGGGGUGCUCGCUGGCCUGGCUGCUGGUUUCGCGAUCUCUCUCUGGCUGUCAAUCGGAGGCGCAAUGUACCCACCCACCCCUGAGCUUAUGGGAGUCUUGCCGUCCUCCGCCAUGUCUUGCCCUAUCUUGGACACCAAUUCUACGAUCAAUGGCACGGUCUUAUUUGCUGGACGGAUACCAAUGGCACCAGAGCAUCCGAACAGGUUUCCCAUUGCAGACGAGUUCUACGCCUUGUCCUACCUGUACUAUGGAAUCGUGGGCUCUCUUACGACCAUCAUUGUUGGUGUUGUGGUCAGCUACUUAACGGGUCCAACCAAGAGGCAGAGCAUUGCUCCUGGCCUGUUGUGGUGGGAUCUAUCAAAGGGGCAAUCAUUUCCCCAGCAGCCGGACGUUGAGGGGUUAAGAACAGACAAGUUGAAAGACAAACGGGUCAGAGGCACAAAAGUCUUCAUAGAGGUCGGAAUCGAGUGUGAGAACGAAGAACCCACUCAGCGAGACAACAUUACGGGCGAUUGCAGCAACUUAUUGAUUGAUGAGACAUAUCUUCCUCUGGAAUCAGAAACUAGUGUUUAAGGAAGGAGUCUGCCAACGAGAAUCUAUCCAUUGUCCUCCUCGCAUUGACUGUAGGCUACUUCUGGAACUCUCUCCCUCGAUCGCUCUGCCUUGCCCCCUUCCUUCCUCCC